AUGCCAGACUUGAUUUAUAAACCUCUUGCUGUCAAUCGUCAAACCCCUCUUCCUCUUCCUCUGGCCUGUGUAGCCGCCAAUCUGUCCUCAGGAAAUGAUCGCCAGCUCUACACUCAUGUCAUUGCUCUUUCCUCGACUAUCCAGGCUAGAAUCGAUGAUCUAAAAAGUAAACAGCAAUCAAGAACAAGAACACACGCACGCACCCGCACACGCACCCGCACCCGAACCCGAACCCGCAUCCGCACCAGUACCAGUACCAGUACCAACACUUGCACACAGUCUCACACAGAUAUAGAUAUAAAUACAGAUCUAGAUGCAGAUACAUCCGAGUAUUUUAACUCUCUCAAUCAAACACACAUCGACACACAUAGCGACACCGAUCGGCUUUCGGGUGCGACCCUUUAUGAAUCCUCGAGUCUAUCCUCACCAAAGCUUAAAGAUCAAUCUGACAACGCACUUGAAAUAAAACCACUUUUGUCCUCAUCUCUGCCAUGCUUUGGGAUAUUGAAAAUCCUAGAAAACACACCUGUCCAGUCUAUCCAACCUACCCCCGUACCCCCAUAUAAUCCAACCUACCAAUCCUGUACAUAUCCUCAAGUAAAGAAACCCCUAGAAAUAGUUCUAGAAUCUAGUACAUCUUUUUCAACCAGCUGUAGCUUGACUCCACCCAAAUCAUCAACAAAUCAAUCACACUGUGUUCAGAUAACCCACGUAAAAAAGAAAAUCAAUGGGUUCAUAGGCCUUUUUAACCGCACGCACCAACUCAGCCAUAUUAUUAUCUCAAGCACCUUGGUGCCUCCUGGGCUUUGUGAGGCCACUGAUAUUCUUGGAACUCAAAAGAAGGCAGUCUUGAAACUAACCUUGACCACGUUCAAUUGCCCACCACAGUCUGAUUUUACAUUUCACUGGUCCAACAAAACCCCUUACUAUUUGUCGUCGUCAUUUUCAUCGUCUUCUGGUUCUUCUUCGUAUUCUUCUUAUCCUUCUGUAUUAAAAAAGCCAUCGGCAGACACAAAACUAUCAAAUUUAUCAGAUUCAUUAGUAAGAUCCCAAUUGAUCAAAUGGGUGGAUGAACAAGCAAUUUUGCCACCUCUCAAAUCUGCUAGUGAUCUCUUUCGAUCCAAAUUAAAGAUCUAUGUUGUCUAUGACCAUAAGGCUGGAACGAGGCAAUUAUUUGGUAGAGCACAAAACAGCAAUAACUUCAAGAAACCAAUGUAUAGCAACAACGAGCUGUGGAUCUUAUAUUAUCUUGGAAGAGAUACUACACACCACCACUUCAAAGCUGAUUUCAGUGAGCGAUACCAAAACCAAACCCCGCCAUGCCAUAGUGAACUGAAUGAACCACUUGACAAAUCCCGAGAGCAGAAAUUUGGGACAAAGUGUGAAUUUGCCCAUCAAAUUAAGUGUACACUUUUGACCAAUUUACUAUGUUAUCGGGAUAUCGGGCUAUCGUGA